GCUGCCGUCCGGACCGCGGCUCUGCUAGCUGUGCAGCAGCCCUCGCACCGCCACUUCCUGCUCCUCCCCCCCCCCUAGAUUUUUAUUUGCAAAGGGCGGUAGGGGCGGGGCCUGCUCCCCAUUCCCUCCCCCCUCUCUCGUUUGCCCAGAGACCGAACUUUGCAAAUGCAAUUUUAAAAAUCCCUCCCCCUAUUGCAAAAUGUGCAGAGUUCGAUGGAAAGCAAUGUAAAUGGCUGGGGAGGGGACAGGAAAGGGGUUAAGGUUAGGGCUCGGUCUAGCUCGCACUCAAUAUAAACCAGACCUGGGUAUAAGGCACGGGACUGAGCCACAGGAGGAACGAAAGAGAAAGGACUAACAGCCAUGGCCAUGCAGAAAAUCUUUGCCCGGGAAAUCCUGGACUCCAGGGGCAACCCCACGGUGGAGGUGGACCUGCACACAGCCAAGGGCCGAUUCCGAGCAGCUGUGCCCAGCGGAGCUUCCACAGGUAUCUAUGAAGCUCUGGAACUAAGAGAUGGAGACAAAUCCCGCUACCUGGGGAAAGGAGUCCUGAAGGCUGUGGAGCACAUCAAUAAGACUCUAGGCCCUGCUCUGCUGGAGAAGAAACUAAGUGUUGUGGAUCAAGAAAAAGUUGACAAGUUCAUGAUUGAGCUGGAUGGGACCGAGAAUAAGUCCAAGUUUGGGGCCAAUGCCAUCCUGGGCGUGUCCCUGGCCGUGUGUAAGGCGGGAGCUGCUGAGAAGGGAGUCCCACUCUACCGACACAUCGCAGAUCUCGCUGGGAACCCGGACCUCGUCCUCCCAGUGCCUGCCUUCAAUGUGAUCAAUGGAGGCUCCCAUGCUGGGAACAAGCUGGCCAUGCAGGAGUUCAUGAUUCUGCCCGUGGGAGCCAGCUCCUUCAAGGAAGCCAUGCGCAUUGGCGCCGAGGUCUACCACCACCUCAAGGGAGUCAUCAAGGCCAAGUAUGGAAAAGACGCCACCAACGUGGGUGAUGAGGGCGGCUUCGCACCCAACAUCCUGGAGAACAAUGAAGCCCUGGAGCUGCUGAAGACGGCCAUCCAAGCUGCUGGUUACCCGGACAAGGUAGUGAUUGGCAUGGAUGUGGCGGCAUCUGAGUUCUACCGCAAUGGGAAGUACGAUCUUGAUUUCAAGUCACCUGAUGACCCCGCAAGGCACAUCACUGGCGAGAAGCUCGGGGAGCUGUACAAGAGCUUCAUAAAGAACUACCCUGUGGUCUCUAUCGAGGACCCGUUUGACCAGGAUGAUUGGGGCACUUGGACCUCGUUCCUCUCGGGAGUGGACAUCCAGAUCGUGGGGGAUGACCUCACUGUCACGAACCCUAAGAGGAUUGCCCAGGCUGUUGAGAAGAAAGCCUGCAACUGUCUGCUGCUGAAGGUCAACCAGAUUGGCUCAGUGACCGAGUCCAUCCAGGCCUGCAAACUGGCUCAGUCUAAUGGCUGGGGGGUGAUGGUGAGCCACCGCUCAGGGGAGACAGAGGAUACGUUCAUUGCUGACCUCGUGGUGGGACUCUGCACAGGACAGAUCAAGACAGGCGCCCCCUGCCGCUCUGAGCGUCUGGCUAAAUACAACCAACUUAUGAGGAUUGAGGAGGCUCUUGGAGACAAGGCCGUUUUUGCUGGACGCAAGUUCCGUAAUCCAAAGGCCAAGUAAGAAGAUGGAAUCCCCAGAGCCCACCCAGACAGACCCAGUUCUUCGAGCCCUUCUCCCUGAAAUAAACACUGGUGCCAACCAAGA